AUGGGUACGGCAUCCUGGUUGGUGUGGAAGAAAAAAGGGAAGAACACGGUUGCGCUUGGACUGUACGGCGCGCAGCUCGUGCUGAAUCUCAUUUGGUGGUGGAACCCGCUGUUCUUUAAGAGCCACAAGACCGACGUGGCGCUGAUGGACAUCACCGCGCUUCUGGGGGUGGCUACCGCGGCCACGGUCGCCAUGGCACGUGCCACAAGUCCUGCCGUACAGUUGCCGCUUAUGGUGCCGUACCUGGUGUGGGUAUCGUACGCGACAGCGUUGAACGCCAACAUCUGCCUGAACAACCCCUCGGAGCGGUUAAUCAAGCCCUCUGGCGAGGGGGCGGGGGCCACCCCCGGCGCCGGCAAGAAGGGCAAGUCGGCGGUGAAGGAGGCCGUGCAGGCGGUGGUGACCGGCGUGGAGGCGGUGAAGGCGGCGUCGGAGGUGCUAUCGGCCGGCAGUGCUGCCGUACAGCACGCCGCCGCGGCCGCCAAGCCCAUCGUGGAGGCGGCGGAGAAAGUGAAGCACUCCGCGGAGGGCGUAACGCACACCGUCAAGGGAGUGGGCACCGCUUUGGGUGUGACGGCGCCUGCCGCCGCCGCCGCCGCACAACCGCCCAGCGAGUCGGCGGGUACGACACCGGAGACGAUGGCGCCCGCCAGCAGGGCUAUGGCGGCGGAGGUGGAGCGGGCGGCGGCCGCCGCCGGCGGAGGUGCCGCCGCCAGUGGCGGCGCCGGCGGCGACAGUGCCCGCGGCGCGACGGCGGCCAUUGAGCAGGAGCUCAAGGCGGCGGCAGCUGCUCUCAACGUAUGUAUGUUCCCCGCCAG